GCUGCCCGAGCCGGGGGCGCGGGGGAUGCGGGCAGCUGCAGCCCGCCGCCGCCGCCGCCGCUGGAUGCCUGGGCUCAGGCGGAUCUCCCCUUCGCCGCCUUCCUGAGCUGGAUCGCCACCCCCUCGCGCCAAGCCGCCUGCCCGAGAGCCAUGGGCUGGCCGGCGGCCCCAGCCUGGCUGCUCCUGUGCGCCCUGGUCCUGCCACUGCCGCUGCCUGCCCGCACCGAGCCCCGCCAGGUCUUCCAGGUGCUGGAGGAGCAGCCCGCUGGCGCCUGGGUGGGCACCGUUGUCACCCGCCCGGGUUUCACCUACCGCCUCAGCGAGCACCAUGCCCUUUUCUCCAUCAACGCCACCUCCGGAGCCCUGCACACCCGGGCCACCAUCGACCGGGAGAGCCUCGCCAGCGACGUGAUGGACCUGGUGGUGCUGUCCAGCCAGCCCACGUACCCCAGCGAGGUGCGGGUCCUGGUGCUGGACCUGAACGACAACGCGCCCGUCUUUCCGGAUCCCUCCAUUGUGGUGACCUUCAAAGAGGACACGGGCAGCGGCCGCCAGCUUAUUCUGGACACGGCCACUGAUGCGGACAGUGGCACUAAUGGUGUGGACCACAGCUCCUACCGCAUCGUGGGGGGCAAUGAGGAAGGGCGUUUCCGGCUCAACAUCACCCUCAAUCCCAGCGGGGAAGGAGCCUUCUUGCAUCUGGUCUCCCGGGGUGGGCUGGACCGAGAGGCCACCGCUACCUACCAGCUCCUGGUGCAGGUAGAGGACAAGGGAGAGCCACGGCGGCGUGGAUACCUGCAGGUCAAUGUCACCGUGCAGGACAUCAAUGACAACCCACCUGUCUUCAGCCAAGCGCUCUACCAAGCCCGGGUGCCUGAGGAUGCCCCAGUUGGGGCCAGUGUCCUUCAGGUGGCAGCAGCUGAUGCUGAUGAAGGCACCAAUGCUGACAUCCGAUACUACCUGGAGGGGGCAGAGGGUGGUGGUGGGGAAGGGGCUGGGAAUAUCCCGUUUGAGGUGGACCCCGAGAGCGGGGUGAUUCGCAUCCGGGAGCCAUUGGAUUAUGAGAUACGGCGGCAAUACUCGCUGACUGUGCAGGCCACGGACCGGGGAGUGCCAGCGCUGAGCGGCCGAGCUGAGGCCCUCAUCCGCCUGAUUGAUGUGAACGACAAUGAGCCGCGGGUGAAAUUCCGCUACUUCCCUGCCACCUCUCGCUUUGCAUCGGUGGAUGAGAAUGCCGCUCCUGGCACAGUUGUGGCACUUUUAACUGUGAGUGAUGCUGAUUCGCCUGCUGCCAAUGGGAACAUCUCGGUGUCCAUCCUGGCAGGAAAUGAGCAGCGUCACUUUGAGGUGCAGAGCAGUAAGGUGCCUAACCUCAGUCUCAUCAAAGUAGCAGCUGCACUGGACCGGGAGCGUAUUCCUGCUUACAAUCUCACCGUGGCUGUGGCCGAUAACUUUGGGGCUCCCCCACCAUCACCAGGGUCCCCUAGUCCCUCCCUGUCUCCGGACGGGGCAGUUCCUGCCGCAGUGAGCCGCUCUUCAGUGGCCAGCCUGGUGAUAUUUGUGAAUGACAUUAAUGAUCACCCGCCUGUUUUUGGGCAGUCUGUUUACCAGGUCAAUAUCAGUGAGGAGGUACCACUGGGCAGCUAUGUGCGGGGUCUUAGUGCCACUGACCGUGACUCUGGUCUCAAUGCCAACCUCAAAUACAGCAUUGUCUCUGGGAAUGAGCUGGGCUGGUUCCGCAUCAGUGAGCACAGUGGCCUGGUCACCACUGCGGGCACUGACAUUGGCAUUACUGGCCCUGGUAAUGGCAUAUUGGCCUCUGGUGGGCUGGACCGAGAGAGGGCCUCAGAGGUGGUGCUGAACAUCAGUGCUCGUGACCAAGGAGUACAGCCCAAAUUUUCUUAUGCUCAGCUGAUGGUGACCAUCCUGGAUGUCAAUGACAACAGACCCUGCUUCAGCCAACCAGAAGGUUACCAGGUGUCCCUGGCUGAGAACUCCCCCUCAGGCACUGAGUUGCUGGUCUUGAGUGCCACUGAUGGGGAUUUGGGGGACAAUGGGACUGUGCGCUUCUCCUUGCAGGAAGCUGAGCCAACUGUGGCAGCAGUCGGCCCCUUGAUAGCCCCUCGUAGGGUCUUCCGCCUGGAUCCUGUGUCAGGCAAGCUCAGUACCAUCACACAGUUAGACAGAGAAGAACAGAGCUACUACUCCCUUCAGGUUCUGGCCACUGAUUUAGGUUCUCCUCCCCUUUCCUCAGUAGCCCGGGUCAACGUGAGUGUGCUGGAUGUGAAUGACAACAGCCCUGUGUUUUACCCAGUUCAGUAUUUUGCCCAUAUUCAGGAGAAUGAGCCUGCAGGCAGCUAUCUUACCACUGUGUCUGCUACCGACCCAGACAUGGGACUCAAUGGGACAGUCAAGUAUAGCAUCUCAGCUGGAGACACCUCCAGGUUUCAGAUCCAUAGCCAGACAGGGGUCAUCACUACAAAAAUUGCCCUUGACAGGGAAGAGAAGACUGCCUACCAGUUGCAAAUAAUGGCCACUGAUGGUGGACAUCUCCACUCCCAAAAUCAGGCCAUAGUCACCAUCACUGUCUUGGACACUCAGGACAACCCCCCAGUUUUCAGCCAGGAUGUAUACAGUUUUGUUGUCUUUGAAAACGUUGCUCUGGGCUAUCAUGUUGGCACUGUUUAUGCUUCUACAAUGGACCUCAACACGAACAUUACCUACCUUAUUACAACAGGUGACCAAAGGGGCAUGUUUGCAAUUAACAAAGUGACGGGCCAGAUCACCACGGCCAGUAUCAUCGAUAGGGAAGAGCAAGCGUUUUACCAGCUAAAAGUGGUGGCUAGUGGGGGGGCAAUAACUGGAGACACUAUGGUCAAUAUAACUGUCAAAGAUUUAAAUGACAAUUCCCCUCAUUUUAUUCAUGCAGUGGAAAGUGUAAAUGUGGUUGAGAACUGGAAAGCUGGGCAUACCAUAUUUCAAGCCAAAGCUGUUGACCCCGAUGAAGGUGUCAAUGGCAUGGUCCUUUAUAGUCUGAAGCAGAAUCCAAAGGGCCUUUUUUCCAUUAAUGAACAAAAUGGCAACAUAAGUUUAGAAGGGCCACUUGACAUUACUGCUGGGUCUUAUCAGGUAGAAAUUUUGGCCUUGGAUAUGGGAGUUCCACAGCUCUCCUCCAGUUUUAUUCUAGCUGUUUCUGUCCAUGAUGUAAAUGAUAACUCACCUGUAUUUGAUCAGCUUUCCUAUGAAGUCACUAUUUUGGAGUCAGAACCCGUGAAUUCCAGAUUCUUUAAAGUGCAAGCUUCUGACAAGGAUUCAGGAGCAAAUGGAGAAAUAGCUUAUACUAUAACUGAAGGAAAUACCGGGGAUGCCUUUGGCAUAUUCCCAGAUGGCCAGCUGUAUAUAAAGAGUGAACUGGACCGUGAGCUUCAAGAAAGAUAUAUUCUACUGGUUGUUGCUUCUGAUAGAGCAGUAGAACCACUUAGUGCUACUGUGAAUGUUACAAUAAUUUUAGAGGAUGUAAACGAUAAUAGACCAUUGUUUAACAGUACCAAUUAUGUGUUUUAUUUUGAAGAGGAACAGAGUGGUGGUUCAUUUGUGGGUAAAAUAAAUGCUGUUGAUAAAGAUUUUGGACCAAAUGGUGAAGUCAGGUAUUCUUUUGAAAAUAUGCAGCCAGAUUUUGAAUUGAACACAGUAACUGGGGAAAUAACAAGUACUCAUCAGUUUGACAGGGAAUCUCUUAUGAGGCAAAGGGGAGCAGCAGUAUUUAGUCUUACAGUUAUAGCAACAGAUCAGGGGUUGCCAAAACCUCUAAAGGAUCAGGCAACUGUGCAAAUUUAUAUGAAAGAUAUCAAUGAUAACGCACCCAAAUUUUUAAAAGACCUCUACCAAGCUACUAUAUCUGAAUUAGCAGCAAAUCUAACACAAGUUUUAAGAGUUUCUGCUUCGGAUGUUGAUGAAGGUAAUAAUGGCUUGAUUCACUAUUCUGUAAUUAAAGGAAGUGAAGAAAACCAGUUUGCAAUAGAUAGUGUCACAGGACAGGUAACAUUAGUAGGCAAACUGGACCAUGAAGCUACUGCAUCUUAUUCACUUAUCAUCCAAGCAGUAGAUUCUGGGACAGUUUCCCUCAGUUCAACUUGUACAUUAAGCAUUGAUGUACUAGAUGAAAAUGACAACAGUCCUUCCUUCCCUAAGUCUACUUUGUUUGUGGAUGUCUUGGAAAACAUGAGAAUUGGUGAACUUGUAUCUUCUGUCACUGCUACUGAUUCUGAUUCAGGUGACAAUGCGGACCUCCAUUAUAGCAUUACAGGGACUAAUAACCAUGGAACCUUUAGCAUUAGUCCCAAUACUGGCAGUAUUUUUCUGGCAAAAAAGUUGGACUUUGAAACGCAAUCUCUGUUUAAACUAAACAUUACGGCAAAGGACCAAGGCAGGCCUCCUCGGUCUUCAACAAUGUCAGUGGUAAUACAUGUUAGGGAUUUUAAUGACAAUCCUCCUAAUUUUCCUCCUGGGGACAUUUUUAAAUCUAUUGUUGAGAACAUUCCUGUUGGUAGUUCUGUUAUUUCUGUGACUGCUCGGGAUCCAGAUGCAGAUAUUAAUGGGCAGUUAAUGUAUGCAAUCAUUCAACAAAUGCCAAGAGGUAACCAUUUUCGUAUAGAUGAAAUCAGAGGAACGAUAUUUACUAAUGCUGAAAUAGAUCGUGAAUUUGCUAAUCUCUUUGAGUUAACUGUCAAAGCUACCGAUCAGGCUGUUCCUGUGGAAUCUAGACGAUUUGCUUUGAAAAAUGUGACUAUUUUAGUUACGGAUCAAAAUGAUAAUGUUCCUGUAUUCAUAUCGCAAAAUGCUCUUGCAGCAGACCCUUCAGUUGUGAUUGGUUCAGUCCUAACUACAAUUAUUGCUGCAGAUCCUGAUGAAGGAGCAAAUGGGGAAGUUGAGUAUGAAAUAAUUAAUGGGGAUACUGAAACCUUUAUUGUGGAUCGUUACAGUGGAGACUUAAGAGUGGCCUCAGCUUUGGUACCUUCGCAGCUCAUAUACAACCUCAUAGUUGCAGCUACAGACCUUGGUCCUGAAAGAAGAAAAUCAACCACAGAGAUGACUGUUAUUCUGCAAGGAGUUGAUGGACCUGUUUUCACACAGCCAAAAUAUAUUACUAUUUUAAAAGAAGGUGAACCAAUUGGGACAAACGUAAUAGCGAUAGAAGCAGCUAGUCCAAGGGGCUCUGAAGCCCAAGUGGAAUAUUACAUUGUGUCAGUGCGUUGCGAAGACAAAAGUCUUGGACGUCUAUUUACCAUUGGGCGCCAUACUGGUGUAAUCCAGACUGCUGCCAUUUUGGACAGGGAACAAGGAGCGCGUCUGUACCUGGUGGAUGUUUAUGCCAUUGAGAAAUCGGCUGUUUUGCCCCGAACACAACGAGCAGAGGUGGAAAUAACACUUCAGGAUAUUAAUGACAACCCACCAGUAUUCCCAACAGAUAUGCUUGAUCUAACUGUAGAAGAAAAUAUAGGAGAUGGAUCUAAAAUAAUGCAGCUAACAGCCAUGGAUGCUGAUGAGGGAGCUAAUGCUCUUGUUACCUACACUAUUAUCAGUGGUGCUGAUGACAGUUUCCAUAUUGAUCCCGAGUCUGGAGAUCUGAUAGCCACUAAACGUUUGGACAGAGAACGUCGCUCCAAAUAUUCCCUCCUGGUCCGUGCUGAUGACGGUCUACAGUCCUCAGACAUGAGAAUAAACAUUACUGUUAGUGAUGUUAAUGACCAUACCCCAAAAUUCUCCAAACCAGUUUAUUCUUUUGACAUACCAGAGGAUACUACCCCAGGUUCUUUAGUGGCAGCCAUAUUAGCUACCGAUGAUGAUUCUGGAGUAAAUGGAGAAAUCACAUACACUGUGAGUGAAGAUGAUGAAGACAGCAUUUUUUUCCUGAAUCCAGUCACUGGAGUCUUUAAUCUGACUCGCAUUUUAGACUAUGAAAUGCAGCAAUAUUACAUUCUUACCGUCCGUGCAGAAGAUGGAGGUGGUCAAUACACUGCCAUCAGAGUUUACUUCAACAUAUUAGAUGUAAAUGAUAAUCCACCCUUAUUCAGUUUGGCCUCAUACAGUACAUCUCUCAUGGAGGAUCUACCACCAGGAUCUACAAUCCUCAACUUUAAUGUUACUGAUGCAGAUGACGGCCCUAACUCUCAAUUGUCCUACAGUAUUGCAUCAGGAGACAGCUUGGGCCAAUUUAAUAUUGACAAGGAUGGAGUUCUAAGCAUCAAGAAGAUUUUGGAUCGGGAAAGUCAAUCCUUUUAUAGUCUUAUUGUUCAAGUUCAUGACAUGGCUUCUCUCCCAGCUUCCAGAUUUACAAGCACAGCUCAAGUUUCAAUAAUUCUACUGGAUGUGAAUGACAACCCUCCCAACUUCAUCUCUCCAAAGCUGACCUACAUUCCAGAAAACACUCCAAUAGAUACUAUUGUUUUCAAAGCCCAAGCAACAGAUCCAGACAGUGGCCCAAACAGCUAUAUUGAAUAUACUCUUCAGAGACCUUUAGGAAACAAAUUCAGCAUUGGCACUAUUGAUGGUGAAGUAAGGCUCACUGGAGAGCUUGAUAGAGAAGCAGUUUCUAAUUAUACCUUGACUGUGGUAGCUACUGACAAAGGUCAGCCAUCUCUGUCAUCUUCUACAGAUGUAGUUGUAAUUGUUCUUGAUAUUAAUGAUAAUAAUCCCCUCUUUGCACAAAAGCAGUAUAAAGUAGAGGUUGAUGAAAACACUCUGACAGGAACAGAUCUGAUCCAGGUGUUUGCUACAGAUGGAGAUGAAGAGACAAAUGGGCAGGUUCGCUAUACCAUCAUUAGUGGAAAUACUAAUAAUGAGUUUAGGAUCGACUCUGUUACCGGAGUGAUAACAGUUGCCAAGCCAUUGGACCGAGAGAAGGAACCCGCCUACACUUUGACUGUUCAGUCAUCUGAUCGUGGAAGUAGCCCGAGGACUGAUACCACUACUGUCAAUAUCGUGCUGAUGGACAUUAAUGAUUUUAUUCCUACAUUUGAACUUUCUCCCUAUUCUGUGAAUGUCCCUGAGAAUUUAGAGACACUUCCAAAAGUUAUUUUACAGGUUGUAGCACGGGAUGAUGACCAAGGUCUAAAUAGCAAACUUACAUACAUUCUUAUUAGUGGAAAUGAAGAUGGCGCCUUUACUCUCUCAUCCACUGGAGAACUCCGUUUGAUAAAGAGCCUUGAUCGAGAGACAAAAGAGAAGUAUGUCUUGCUGAUCACAGCUGCUGAUUCAGGUUCUCCUGCCCUUACUGGCACUGGAACUAUUGCUGUCACGGUGGAUGAUGUCAAUGACAAUGUCCCCACAUUUGCCUUUAAUAUGUACUCCACCACCAUUCCAGAAGAUGCACCCACAGGGACAGACAUUUUGCUAGUAAAUUCCUCAGAUGCCGAUGCUUCAGUUAAUGCAGUUAUCAGUUACAAGCUAAUCGGUGGCAAUUCACAGUUCACAAUCAACCCAUCAACAGGACAAAUUAUCACUAGUGCACUAUUAGAUAGAGAGACAAAGGAGAAUUACACGUUGGUAGUUGUGGCCAGCGAUGGUGGUUUUCCCAGGGCUCUUUCCAGUUCCACCAGCGUACUUGUCAGUGUUGCUGAUGUAAAUGACAAUCCUCCUAAAUUUCAGCACCAUCCUUAUGUCACCCAUAUUCCAUCACCUACAACUUCAGGUUCAUUUGUGUUUGCCGUAACAGUUACAGAUGCUGAUUCUGGACCCAAUGCUGAGCUUCAUUAUUCCCUCAGGGGAAGGAACUCUGAAAAAUUCCACAUUGACCCAACAAGAGGAGCUAUUAUGGCUGCUGACUCGCUGACGGGUGAUUCUGAAGUGACUUUUUCUGUUCAUGUGAAAGAUGGUGGACUGUAUCCAAAGACAGAUUCGACUACUGUAACUGUGAGGUUCAUGAAUAAAGCACAGUUCCCUCAAGUUCAAGCAGAACAACACACUUUCAUGUUCCCUGAAAACCAAGCAAUUGGUACCCUUGUCACCACUGUUUCUGGGUCUUCAUCUAGAGGAGGUUCCUUGUCUUACUACAUCGCUAGUGGUAAUCUGGGCAACACCUUCCAGAUAGACCAGCUAACAGGACAGUUUUCUAUUUGUCAAUCUUUGGAUUUUGAAGCUAUACAGAAAUAUGUGGUUUGGAUCGAGGCCAGAGAUAUGGGCUUUCCUCCUUUCUCCUCUUAUGAAAAACUAGAAAUAACCGUGGUGGAUGUCAAUGAUAAUGCACCAGAGUUUGAGCAAGAUCCAUUCAUUGCUGAAAUAAUAGAGAAUCUUUCACCACGCAAAAUACUGACUGUCACUGCUGUAGACAAGGACAGUGGCCCAAAUGGACAGUUGAAUUAUGAAAUAAUUGAUGGCAAUAAAGAAAACAGUUUCACUAUCAAUCGGGCUACUGGUGAAAUCAAAAGCAUCAGACCUUUAGACAGGGAAAAGCUAGCCCAGUACGUGCUAACUGUAAAAGCUUUUGAUAAAGGUACCCCUCUUCAGAGCACAACGGUCAAAGUUAUUGUUAAUAUUUUGGAUGAGAAUGAUAAUGCUCCCAGGUUUUCUCAGAUAUUCAGCGCUUCUGUACCUGAAAACGCACCUUUAGGUUAUACAGUUACACGAGUCACAACUUCAGAUGAAGAUAUCGGUGUGAAUGCCAUCAGCCGGUACUCCAUAAGGGAUCCAAGCCUUCCAUUUGUCAUAAAUCCAAGUACAGGAGAUAUUACAGUCAGCAGGCCUCUAAACAGAGAAGAUACAGACCGCUAUAGAAUGAGAGUUUCUGCACACGAUUCUGGGUGGACAGUAAGCACAGAUGUGACCAUCUUUGUGACAGAUAUCAAUGAUAAUGCCCCACGAUUCACAAAACCAUCCUAUUACCUAGAGUGCCCUGAGCUUACUGAAGUUGGUUUAAAGGUAACUCAGGUUUCAGCAACUGAUCCCGAUGAAGGAUUUAAUGGCCAAAUCUUCUACUUCAUAAAAUCUCAGUCUGAGUUCUUCCGAAUCAAUGCUACCAGUGGGGAGAUUUUCAAUAAGCAGUAUUUAAAGUAUCAGAACUCCAGUGGUUCAAGCAAUUUCAAUAUCAACAGGCACAGUUUCAUAGUUACUUCUUCAGAUCGAGGUAGUCCUCCUUUGCUAAGUGAAACAACAGUCACAAUCAACAUAGUGGAUAGCAAUGACAAUGCACCGCGGUUUCUUGCUAGCAAAUAUUUUACGCCUGUGACUAAAAAUGUAGGAAUUGGUACCAACUUAAUUAAAGUCACUGCAGUUGAUGAUAAGGACUUUGGACUGAAUUCUGAAGUGGGAUACUUUAUUUCUAAUGAAAACAACACCAAUAAAUUUAAGCUAGAUAGCAGAACUGGCUGGAUUUCUGUGGCAUCUUCACUGAUGGCUGAUCUGAAUCAAGACUUUCUGAUUAAGGUAAAAGCUAAGGAUAAAGGUAAUCCCCCACUUUCAGCAGAAGUGACGGUUGAAAUAGUUAUAACCGAGGAGAACUAUCACACACCUGUGUUCUCUCAAAGCCACAUGAGUAUUACUAUCCCUGAAAGUCAUGCUGUUGGAGCUAUUGUCAGGACUGUAUCAGCAAGGGAUAGGGAUGCUGCUAUGAAUGGAUUAAUCAAAUAUAAUAUAUCUUCAGGAAAUGAGGCUGGUAUCUUUUCUAUUAAUACAUCAACUGGGGCAUUGACUCUUGCCAAAUCCCUUGAUUAUGAGCUAUACCAAAAGCAUGAGAUAAUUGUUAGUGCUACAGAUGGAGGAUGGGUAGCUAGAACAGGUUACUGUACUGUCACAGUUAACGUAAUUGAUGUAAAUGAUAAUUCUCCAGCUUUCAGCCCAGAAGACUACUUCCCUAAUGUAUUAGAAAAUGCUCCAAGUGGAACGACUGUUAUCCGUCUAAAUGCAACUGAUGCUGAUUCUGGACCUAAUGCUGUGAUUGCAUAUGCAAUUCAGUCAUCAGAUAGUGACCUCUUUGUCAUUGAUCCCAACACAGGAAUCAUCACCACACAAGGCUUCUUAGAUUAUGAAACAAAGCAAAGUUACCAUCUAACUGUGAAGGCUUUUAACGUUCCAGAUGAGGAAAGAUGCAGUUUUGCAAGUGUCAACAUCCAGUUGGAAGGAACAAAUGAAUAUGUGCCACGUUUUGUGUCCAAGCUUUACUAUUUUGAAGUCUCUGAAGCAGCCUCUAGAGGAACAGUUGUGGGAGAAGUCUUUGCAAGUGACCGUGAUUUGGGAACUGAUGGAGAAGUCCACUAUCUUAUUUUUGGCAAUAGCAGAAAGAAGGGUUUCCAGAUUGAUGGGAGGAGUGGUCAGAUUUAUGUGUCAGGUCCUCUUGACAGGGAAAAGGAAGAGCGUAUCUCUUUGAAAGUUCUUGCAAAAAAUUUUGGGAGCAUUCGUGGUGCUGAUAUAGAUGAAGUAAUUGUUAAUAUCACUAUAUUGGAUGCUAAUGACCCUCCCGUUUUUAGUCUGGAGGUCUACAAUAUACAGAUCAGUGAAGGUGUUCCUCCAGGUACCCAUGUCACAUUUGUAAGUGCAUUUGAUUCAGACUCUGUCCCUAGCUGGAGCAGGUUCUCCUACUUUAUUGGUUCUGGGAAUGACAACGGUGCCUUUUCCAUUAACCCACAGACGGGACAAGUUACUGUAACAGCAGAAUUGGAUCGAGAAACAUUACCUGUGUACAAUCUGACUGUCUUAGCAAUUGAUUCAGGAUCUCCAUCAGCUACAGGAAGUGCCUCUUUAUUGGUAACUUUGGAAGAUAUCAAUGAUAAUGGACCUACCCUGUCUACAAGCCAAGGGGAAGUAAUGGAAAAUAAUCGUGCAGGAACACUUGUGAUGACACUUCAGUCAUCAGACCCUGAUCUCCCACCAAAUCAAGGCCCCUUUUCCUACUACUUGCUCAGUACAGGCCCAGCAACCAGUUAUUUCAGUCUUAGCACUGCAGGAGUAUUGACCACAACUAGAGAGAUUGAUAGAGAACAAAUUAGCGACUUCUUCUUGUCAGUGAUUACUAGGGACUCUGGCAUUCCUCAGAUGUCUUCCACAGGAACCGUACAAAUAAAAGUAGUAGACCAAAAUGACAACCCAUCACAACCUAGAACAGUAGAAAUCUUUGUUCACUAUUAUGGCAACCUGUUCCCUGGUGGUAUUUUAGGCAAUGUAAAACCACAGGACCCAGAUGUGUUAGACAGCUUCCAUUGUUCUCUUACUUCAGGGGUUACAAGCCUCUUUAAUAUUCCUGGGGGUACAUGUGACCUCAAUUCCCAGGCAAGAUCCACAGAUGGAACAUUUGAUCUGACAGUCCUUAGCAAUGAUGGGUUACAUAGUGCAGUUACUAGCAGUGUUAGAGUUUUCUUUGCGGGGUUCAAUAAUGGCACAAUUGACAACAGCAUCCUUCUUCGCCUAAGUGUGCAUACUGUGAAGGAUUUUCUGACCAAUCACUAUCUUCACUUCCUUCGUAUUGCCAAUUCACAGCUAACUGGAUUAGGAACUGCUGUGCAGCUCUAUGGAGUCUAUGAAGACAGUAACAGGACUUUUCUGAUGGCAGCUGUGAAACGAAACAAUAAUCUGUAUGUGAAUCCCAGUGGUGUGGCUACUUUCUUUGAGAGCAUCAAAGAAAUCCUUUUCCAGCAGAGUGGAGUACGGAUAGAAUCUGUGGAUCAUGAUUCAUGCAUACAAAACCCUUGUCAAAAUGGAGGAAGCUGCUUGAGAAGGCUAGCUGUGAGUCCUGCUUUAAAGAGCCAUGAGAGCAUUCCAGUAAUCAUCAUGGCAAAUGAACCUCUCCAGCCCUUUGUGUGCAGAUGCUUGCCAGGAUAUGAUGGGAAUUUGUGUGAAACUGACAUUGAUGAAUGCCUCCCAUCCCCCUGCCACAACAAUGGGACUUGUCACAACUUGGUGGGUGGAUUCUCAUGCAGUUGUCCCGAUGGCUUCACUGGAAUGGCCUGUGAGAGAGAUAUCAAUGAGUGUCUUUCCAGUCCUUGUAAAAAUGGUGCCAUCUGCCAGAACUUCCCGGGGAGCUUCAACUGUGUUUGCAAAACUGGUUAUACAGGAAAAACAUGCGACUCUGCUGUCAAUUACUGUGAAUGCAACCCAUGUUUCAAUGGAGGCUCCUGCCAAAGUGGAGUGGAAGGAUACUAUUGUCACUGUCCAUUUGGUGUCUUUGGAAAUCAUUGUGAAUUGAAUAGUUAUGGAUUUGAAGAGUUGUCCUAUAUGGAAUUUCCCAGUAUGGAUCCAAACAACAAUUAUAUUUAUAUCAAGUUUGCCACUAUCAAAAGUAAUGCCCUAAUGUUGUAUAACUAUGACAAUCAGACUGGAGAGCAGGCAGAAUUCCUGGCCUUGGAAAUAACAGAAGAAAGGCUGAGAUUCUCCUACAACCUGGGCAGUGGUACAUACAAACUUACCACAAUGAAGAAGGUGUCUGAUGGACAGUUUCACACUGUUAUUGCCCGGAGAGCUGGAAUGGCAGCAUCCCUGACAGUGGAUUCCUGUUCUGAAGAUCAGGAGCCAGGCUACUGUACUGUUAGUAAUGUGGCUGUUGCCACUGACUGGACCCUGGAUGUUCAACCAAAUCGAGUUACUGUUGGUGGCAUCAGAUCUCUAGAGCCAAUACUUCAAAGAAGAGGACAGGUGGAAAGCCAUGAUUUUGUGGGUUGCAUAAUGGAGUUUGCAGUCAAUGGACGUCCUCUGGAACCCAGCCAGGCUUUGGCAGCUCAUGGAAUCUUAGAUCAAUGCCCUAGAUUAGAAGGAGCUUGUUCAAUUAGUCCUUGUCAACAUGGUGGCACCUGUGUCGAUCACUGGUCAUGGCAACAGUGUCAUUGCAAAGAGGGACUGACUGGAAAACACUGUGAAAAAUAUAUGACUGCCGAUACUGCCUUGUCAUUAGAAGGUAAAGGACGCCUUGACUACCACAUGAGCCAGAAUAAGAAACGAGAAUAUCUGAUGAGACAUGGCACUCGUGAUAAUAUUUUGGAGCCCCCAAAUGUGAACCGUUUAGAAGUGAAAUUCAGAACAAGGAGUGAGAAUGGAAUUUUAAUUCAUGUCCAGGAAAGCAGCAAUUACACUACUGUGAAGAUAAAAAGUGGCAAAGUGCAUUACACAUCUGAUGCUGGAAUUGCUGGGAAAGUGGAGAGGAAUAUUCAAGAAGUUUACACAGCAGAUGGUCAAUGGCAUUCUCUCCUUAUUGAAAAGAAUGGGUCUGCUACUAUUUUGUCUGUCGACAAGGCCUACAGCAGAGAGAUUCUGCACGUCACACAAGAUUUUGGAGGACUUAAUGUCCUUACAGUUUCCUUGGGAGGGAUCCCACCUAACCACGCUCCUAGAAGUACCAGUGCUGGUUUUGAUGGCUGUAUUGAGUAUGUGAAGUAUGGUGGAGAAAACCUUCCCUUCACCGGAAAGCACAGCCUUGCUACCAUAUCCAAAACAGAUCCCUCCGUAAAGACCGGUUGCCGAGGUCCCAAUGUUUGUGCCAGCAAUCCUUGCUGGGGUGAAUUGAUGUGCAUUAACCAAUGGUAUGCCUAUAAAUGUGUCCCUCCAGGAGCUUGUGCCUCCAACCCCUGCCAGAAUGGUGGUAGCUGUGAACCUGGUACGCAUUCAGGAUUUACAUGCAGCUGUCCUGAGUCAUAUGCAGGAAGAACAUGUGAAAAGGUAGUGGCUUGCCUUGGUAUCCUGUGUGCCCCGGGACAUGUGUGCAAGGGUGCAGUCAAUGGAGGCCACAUGUGCGUCCCUAACCCUCAUCCAGCAGAGCUAUCCCUGCCACUCUGGGCUGUACCUGCUAUUGUGGGCAGUUGUGCUACAGUUCUUGCUCUGCUUGUCCUUAGCCUGAUCCUGUGUAACCAGUGCAGGGGAAAGAAGUCAAAAGCACAGAAAGAGGAGAAGAAAAAGGAAAAGAAGAAAAAAGGAAGUGAGAAUGUUGCAUUUGAUGAUCCUGACAACAUUCCACCUUAUGGAGAUGACAUGACUGUCAGGAAGCAGCCCGAAGGGAACCCUAAACCUGAUAUAAUUGAAAGAGAAAACCCUUACCUCAUCUAUGAUGAGACAGACAUUCCACAUAACACAGAAACUAUACCUAGUGCUCCUUUGGCUUCCCCUGAACCUGAGAUAGAGCACUAUGACAUUGAAAAUGCAAGCAGUAUUGCUCCUUCGGAUGCAGACAUCAUUCAACAUUAUAAGCAGUUUCGGAGUCAUACCCCCAAAUUCUCUAUUCAGAGGCACAGUCCACUCGGCUUUGCAAGGCAAUCUCCCAUGCCACUAGGAGCAAGCAGUUUGACUUAUCAGCCUUCAUACAGCCAAGGACUACGGACAACUUCUUUAAGUCACUCUGCGUGCCCUACUCCCAACCCUUUGUCUCGUCACAGCCCUGCUCCAUUCUCCAAAUCGUCAACUUUCUACAGAAACAGCCCAGCACGGGAGCUCCAUCUUUCAAUAAGAGAAGGGAGCCCAUUAGAGAUGCACAAUGAUGUCUGCCAGCCUGGCAUAUUUAACUAUGCCACUAGAUUAGGAAGAAGAAGUAAGAGUCCCCAGACAAUGGCAACUCAUGGUUCCAGCAGACCAGGAAGUCGCCUAAAGCAACCAAUAGGACAGAUUCCUCUGGAGACUGCCCCUCCUGUAGGGCUCUCUAUUGAAGAGGUGGAGAGACUUAACACUCCUCGUCCUAGAAAUCCAAGCAUCUGUAGUGCUGACCAUGGAAGGUCUUCUUCAGAGGAGGACUGCAGAAGGCCACUGUCCAGAACAAGGAAUCCAGCUGAUGGUAUUCCAGCUCCAGAAUCAUCAUCUGAUAGUGACUCCCAUGAGUCUUUUACUUGCUCAGAAAUGGAAUAUGACAGGGACAAGCCCAUGGCAUACACUUCCAGAAUGCCUAAAUUAUCUCAAGUCAAUGAGUCAGAUGCAGAUGAUGAAGACAAUUAUGGGGCUAGGCUGAAGCCUAGGAGAUACCCUGGCCGUAGAGGUGAGGGUGGGCCUGUGGGCACACAAGCAACAAUAUCCAAUGUUGCUGAAAACACAUUGCCCAUGAAGCUUGGACAGCAAGCUGGAAAUUUCAACUGGGACAACCUUUUGAACUGGGGCCCAGGUUUUGGGCAUUAUGUGGAUGUUUUUAAAGAUUUGGCAUCACUUCCAGAAAAGGCAGCAGCAACAGCAGCAAAUGAAGAAAGCAAAGGUGGUACAAUAAAGCCUGUUUCCAAAGAUGGGGAAGCAGAACAAUAUGUAUAGACUUUAUGUACUGGUAUUAUGAAAAUGCAAAACCAUGAAACAAUGAGACCAUUGUAUGGUUAAGGAUAAGUGAAGGUCAGCAUUUGAACCGUAGGCCAGUUUGGUUGGAGGAGACUUUAAAAAAAUAAUAACCAUUAUGCUGCUGAAACAAACUCGGAACAUUUUUUAAUUUAAUUAUGCUUGGGUGAAUUUAUUUCUCCUGCAUGCAUUAUAGUUUAAAAACAAGAUAUUCAGCAUGCAGCAUUGGGCAAGGUUUUCCUAUUUACCAUUGUUCAGUUUGUGAUUUUUAAAUUAAUAAUACUUUGUUCUGAAAAUGAACUCAAAUGUGUUUAUUGUGGGAAGUGUGUGUAUUGUCUUCAUUUAAUAACUCAUUGUGCAAUGCAAGAGUAUUGAGGAUUUCAUUUUCCUUGAGAAGUGCAUGGGAGAGGGAGUGUAAAUGAAGGAAUUACACUACUAAGGUUUCUCAGCAAAUGGAUUUACCAUAUCCUGCAGUUGCUCAUAUGUAUACUUUAAGGAACAAAUAAGCUUGAGUAAUUGCUAGCAAAAGUGAUGCAAGUCUUAUCCAUACAAGAGGUGCUAAAAGCGGCUCAAGCUGGUCAGCACUUUAGGGGGUUUGCUUUGGUUUGGGUUUUUUUUGUGCUUUUUUUGUUAUUGUUGUUUUUGUUUUAAUUGACAAAGUUGUGUGAGAGCUUCUGAAUCCCUAUGGAAUUUGUUUUGGAUGCUUGUUCCCUUCCCUGGGUCCCUCCCCAGUGUUUCUGACUGGAGUGAAAUUAUUGGAAUUUAUCGGAUCAAACAGUUGUCAUAGUCUAGAGAGGCAGUGUGGUCUAGUGGAUUGAAAGGCAGUGUGGUCUAGUGGAAAGAAGCCAAGAAUUCCUGGAUUCUAAUCUCAGCUCUGCUGCUGAAUCAUUAUACAACCUUGGUCAAGUUAUUCAACCUCUCAAUUUUCCAGUUUCCCCACCUGUAAAAUGGGAUGAUGAUGAUAAUAAUACUUACUUUACCUACCUCACAGGGCUGUUGUGAGGAUUAAUUAGUUAACGUCUGUAAAGUGCUGAAAAGUUAUAAAGCACUAUAAUAAGUAUUAUCAUAAUUAUUAUUAAAGCACUGCCUAGCCUACAUGACCUUGGAGUGGCAUUUUCUACGUAAUUUUCUAUGACAGAACUUUUGAAUUAUUAUUUAUUAUAUAGAAUAAUUGCUGCACUCUAGUAUUUUGGAGCUGACAUGAGGGAAAACUACUAGUAGAUUCACUUAAUGUAGCUUGCCAUUUUCCCCACAUCUCCUGAAGUUUUAGGAUAAGUAGAAAUUCACAAAACCGUAAGUGUUCAUGCAGAUCAAAUGAUCCUAUUGUACUGUGUAAAAACUUCAAAAUCUUUUUUUUUUUUUUAACCUAAGCUGUGUUUUGAUAUCAAUAUUUUCCUAUGCUGAAUAGUUUUCUUACUUUCAGGGAAGGUAAGAAAAAUACUUUUUUUACAUUUGUUACUUAUGUAACAUCCAUAUUUUUCACAUUUUGAUAAAAUUGUAACAUACUGUAUGCUUUCUACUUGUAAAUGCCAAUAAUAGAAUUAAAAUAUUUAUUUAAAAUGUU